UUAGUGAGUUUGGUGAGAUGGGUGGCAUGUGAAUAUUAUUCGGUAAAAUAAUUUUUUGCUGGAGCUGGAAUCCUAAAAGUUUGAGUGAAGUUUGUGGUUAGUUCGUGUAAUCAGUUGUGGAUACCACCCGACGCGGUAGCAAACAAACCUAAGGUAACUAGAUCCUCCAAUAAAACAAGUGACUCAGCAGUUUCUCCGACUUCGAUUCGUUACGUUAUGUGUAGAGAAGUCACAGGGGCGCUUACACACUAUGCAGUGUAUUUGAGAAGUAGAUAAGGUUUUAAAACAUUUUCUGAACUCGUCUGUGUUUAUGAAGACGUUUCAAGACUUCAGAUUGACGUGAGGUAUCAAUGGAACACGAUGUAAACUGUGCUACUGUGCAUGUUCCAGAGACACCGAAGCCACGUGGUCAGUUGCCAUUCUAGAACCUUCUAGGCGUGAGCGGGCUGCUGGGAUCGAGAAAAUUCUAGACACCAAUGGGACGGUUGUGGAGAAGUCUGAAAACUUCGAGAGGGAGGCCUGCGCCGCUGGCACGUGAUUCGCCUCCCCCUGCACCCGAUCCGCAUCGUAAUGGACAACUAGCAGCUUUAAACGUCAAUCAUCUGACUCAGUACGAGCAGCUGGACUUGCUCCAAAAUAGGCUGAGUCGACCGCAGAGACAUAGCGCGGCUGGAAGGAUUAAGUCAGUUGAAAACUUCAGUGAAAAAUCGGCAAUCGAAGCCGCGACGUUCCGGCUUAUAGCACAGUGCCUCAACCAGCUACACAACCGCGUGCCCCGUUCCAGAGACAGAUGAUAUUUUAUUGUCUUCAUAAGCCUUUUCUUCGGCGUCACAGUUGCUUUGUUUGAAUCUCGUUGUCUUCCUGUGGUCAUGAAUGGCGCCAGUACAGUGUGGAAGCCAACCACAACGCAACUCCUGGUCGGCAGGCAGGACGAAGCAAGCGCUGGCCAGUCAGCGCGGACCACGGCAGCGGCCGCCGCUAGCGACAGAGGAUAUGGAUGCGGAUCUCCGACGCGCUAGUUAAACUAGACGGCGGUCAAGCAUGCGACCGUUCAAGUGAUUAGACUGCCGUUGUAGCUGAUGCUACUAGAAAUAGGGCAUGGUCUGCUGUAAUGGGCCUGGACUGACAGAGGCCUUGUAUAUAUUGUACAUAAUAUUAAAUACUAACUGUAAACUUAUAAAUGAUUGUACAUACUGACAAUGGACUAAUACUACCGACUAUGACUGACUAUUGACAGACUCGAACUCUCGUCACAGAGGGCGCCACACAUGAACAGGACAGUAACUUUCAAGCAAGAGAAACAUCUGGUCAUGAGUCCCAGCCGGGUUUGUAGGAAGCCCCAGCCGAUACAUGAGAAUGUCGGCAGAAAUUGUGCAAAAUUGUGGAACUCUAGAUCAGAAAGAUGCAUCUACAUUUGCUAACUUUGACAAUACAGCUUCAAAUCUUUAAUGUUGACAUCAAGCAUGUGAUCACGUGGUCAAUCAUCACUUCUAUCUUGAUGCGUUUAUGCCACUUUCUCGCGUCCCGUCUUUUGCCGUUUUAGGGUCUUCUUUCGUCAGGUGACAGCAGCAUCGACGAGUUCAACGUCAUAUUCCUCAUCUCAGCUUCUCACUCAGAUCUGUAUUGAGGCUCAUGUACGUGCUUCCAUGACCCUAAUUAGAGUGGGACCGCUGUUCGGUUGUCACAAAUGUACCAGAGGGGCCAGGAGGAGGCAGGCAUGUGCACAGCACACAGCCCUGUGGAGAGUUCCACAAGAACGUUCCUGCUCUGAAAGGAAUUUCGUUCGCAUUGCCAUCCGCCCGUUUGUACAACUAUUCCGUGGGACAAGUGUUCACUGCCCGUCACUGGAGAAAUAGGGUAAAAUACACAUCAACCAGAGGUGACAUAUAUCAGCAUGCCCCAGCGGAAGCAACCCAGGACUCUGAGUGACAUGAGUGUAGAGGCGUACGUCAACAUUUAUUAUAAUGUAUGCAAUAGAUGGAAUUUGGAUUUGUAUAAUGCAAUCCAGAGAUGCAGGAGACAUUACCGGUAUGUGAAAUGGAGAGUGAUGACUGAAAUCGAACAAACCGAACAGACUAUAUCAAAGUUGGCGCCAUUGAUUCAAAGUAAAAUCUGUCCCAAGUUAGCGUCUAUCUUUGCCAACAAUAUCACAUUUCAUUUCCAGAGAAAUGAAUGUGUUAAAAGGCACAGAAUUUUUUAUGAAGAAAGUCACGAUGAAUUGUGCGUUGCCAUGUUUCGUUCCGUCCUAACGCCUUCCCUGUAUGAAUUUGAGCCUGAUAUGUUUUCUUAUAUUUUUACAUGGUUUCUUGUAAUUCGAAAUCUGGACAGUGUACCUGGGUUAAGAAUAUUGUCUAUGAAUCAAACAGGGGAUAUAAUUAGAUCAUUGUCUUUGAGUCGAAGAAUAAUUAAGGUCUCGGCGCUAGUGGCCACGUCCCUCCAUCAACUUAAGGAGUUACAGGUGUUUCGUUUUCCGGGGUACUGCACUGACGAAGUGGUAAGGGAACUGGGACUGAACUGUCCCAAACUGACUGAAGUUUCAUUCAUUAAUUCUCAAGGGGUAACCAAUGCCAGUUAUCCCCACUUACUGAGCCUCCGUAAAUUACAAUUUUUAGAUAUUACUGGGACACGAAUUAACAAUUUUCACUAUGGGCAGUUACUCUCCAGAUUACCGAACAUUGCAGACGUCCGAUUCAUAAAUAAAGAAGAUGAUCUUAUAAGACUUAUUGCUCCGAACACCAUCGACACGAUAACGCAUGUCACCAAUAUUGUUACUGAUACCAAUAUGCAAAUACAGAAGUUCCCCAAAACACAAAAAUUCAUACUGAAAACACCAAACGUAGAUCUGUCAGCACUUACAGCUUGGACCGAAUUGCACACCUUGGAAAUUUUACUUGGUGACUAUCGUAAAAUUAAUCUGAACGCCGUCCUAAUGGGUAUAGGUCACCAACUUACCGUUCUGAUACUGAAAAGGAUCACGCGUCUAAAUCUUCUGGAUAUCAUAACGCUGUGCAAGUCAUUGAGAAAUCUGGAUCUGUAUUCCUGCUUAAUUUUACCAGUAAAGGCAGCUACACCACUCAACCUACAGUUACCACAUUUCAGGAACUUAAUUUAUUUAAAAAUAAAAACAUCAGUCCAAGAUCGAACAGAUUUCAGUUUUAUCAGAUACUACCUUAAUCUUGAAAGAAUUGAGUUGCUUGGGAUUGACAUCUUCACGGAAGAAUUCAUGGAGGAAGUUAUAAACCUGGGUACACUUGCAAACUUAAAGGAGUGUUAUAUAAGCGAAACUGACAAGGGAGCUCUGACCUUAAACGUUCUUGAGCAGCUCAUUCACCAUUGUCCAAAUUUGAAAAUAUUUGGACAUACGAAAAAAUUAGGUCUUCUUAAUUCAGAAAAUGUCCUGCGACUGAAGCGUGAAUUAUCAGAGCAAAAUUUUGAUAUUGACAUUAUCUCAUAACACAAGGACCCUUCUGCAUUUUAUGAAAUGACAUGGUUUUGAGUAACGCGACUUCUUUUAAUAUGGAAGUCCAGGAAUGUUAUAUAUUUCAUAUUACUGUGUGGCAUAUUUAAAGACAUUUUACUUGUAUGUGUUUUAUGUGUUCUUAAUUUAUUUCUGUUUACAUAUUAUUAUUCCGAGAGAAGUAGAACCAGACAGAACGUACUUUUCAUUAUAUAAAUUCAGUGAGUUGUGGGUCUCCAAUUUCUCAAUCCUGCAUCUUAUUGAAUAAAUAAAAUCUCUUUUAUAAUUACAAUUGCGUUUGUUGACAAGAAAUUGAAAGAAUUUCGGUCUUUCAGUUAACCCUAAUACUUACAGCUACAGAAGUAGCUAAGCAGUUUCAAGAACGCCAAAUAUUUAGUUAUGCUUACCUGCACGACAGAAGUUUUGUAUGCGUCAAAUGGAGACAUUUGUGCAUUUUGCUUUGCUGAGCAGUGGCAACCUGACGUUACUUUACAUUAGUGAGUAGGAAAGCUUUGAAUAAAUGAAGUGCCUGCAGUCACAGAGGCCAAAUUAAUUAUGGUGAUUGUGGGACUCAAUUUGUUUUCCCGGGAUCUUCGGUAUCCACCUCAAAACAACACGUUGUCAUCGUACAGGAACAUGCCAAGAAAAUUGCAACAAAACACUUUAAUGACCGCAAUAGUAAUAUUCAUCAGCUCUGCCUGUAAUUCGUGCACUUGGAAAAUUUAUGGAAUAUGAUGUGACACAUGAUUGUAUUUUUUAUCAGAAUUUGACUAGACGCAAGAUGUGAAAUUUGAAUCUAUUCAUGUCUAAGGUGUAACUCGUGAUGUACAUGUAACCCGCCCUCAUGUAUGAAGCUUGUAAGGAUAUGUUUAUGCAUGUAUCCAUUAUUUUAUACAUUUUGUAUCUUUUAAUAUUGCAGAAAAUUCAAUAAAAUAUAUCUGAUUAGA